UAUGUGUGCAUCCUUCAGUAAAAUGCCCUGAUAGCUGGACACUUAUGAACGGACAUGGAGGCACUCAACGCCACACGGGACGACUUCCUGCCCGAUGAUGACCCCGGAAAACUUGUGUUCCAGGACUUCGAACAGAUAGCCGGUGCAGAUCCACCAGCAUUGCCUACGUUGGUGUCUGAGGGGGUGGAUUUUCCAGAGGACCCCAUUAAACUGCUGAGUGUUCAGGUCGUGUUGAUUCUGGCUUACAGCACCAUCAUCGUGCUGGGGGUUCUGGGUAAUUCUCUGGUCAUAUACGUCAUCUACCGCUUCAAGACGCUUCGCACCGUCACCAACUUUUUCAUCGCCAACCUGGCAGUUG